GAAACCAUCUGCACCAUUUCAACUUGUUAUUCUAACAGUCAGUGCCUGUUUGAGGAAGAGGACAGAGGCACGUCAAUGCUCAGCUCAGUUUUGAUACGAAGUAGAUAUUCUGAGAGGGGACUAUGAGUCGGGGAUCUAAGUCUAAAGGAGUUCAGGAGUACAGUCCCAGCUCUCUGCUGAGCCCACAGGAGAAUGAGAGGCUGGAAGACCUGCUGGGGAGGAGGUGUGCUUCCCUGUCCACUACCGUAGCACAGCUGUACAUGGCCCUGCCCCACAGUCCCACCUGCUGGAGCCUGCAGCAAACUGGGGUGGCCUGCUUCGUCAAGGACAACCAUCGCCGUUCCUACUUCAUACGCCUCUUCGAUGUCAAGAAAGGACAGCUGAUCUGGGAGCAGGAGCUCUAUAACCAAAUGGUCUAUCACUGUGCCCGGCCAUUCUUCCAUACCUUCGCUGCAGAUGACUGCCAAGUGGGGCUGAACUUUGCAGAUGAACAGGAGGCUGAAACCUUCCUUAGUGCAGUUGAUGAGAAGAUCAACCAGAGAAACCGUCAAGUGUCAGAGAAGAAACAUCGCCCCCUGCCUUCCAGUGACGGAGGGGGACGACCUCCACUUCCUGGUAAAGCAGGACCUGGCAGUCCCACUUCUCCCUCCAUGGUCACCAUGGACAUCCAGAACCCAGACAUCCAGGCUUCACGCUACCGCUCCGUCACACCUGUACCUGCCCCUGCCUUUGUCAGUAAGGGAAAGAAGGACAAGAAAAAGGACAAGAAGAAGAGCAGUAAACUCUCCAAAGCAGACAUUGGAGCACCCAGUGGGUUCAAACAUGUGAGUCAUGUGGGCUGGGACCCCAACAACCUGGACCCUGAUCUGAAGAAGCUGCUGUCCUGUGCUGGGAUCAGUGAGGCUGAGUUGAAGGAUGAGGAGACCUCCCAACUCAUCCAACAAGUCAUUGAGAACUCAGGCGGCAUGGAGGCAGUCAAAAAGGCCAUGAACACUGGUCCUGGGCCUCCUCACCCUCCGCCUGGUAGGCAGGGUCCUCCCCCAGUACCAGGGAGCUGUUCCUCCCCUCCUGCCCCUCCUCCUCCACGGGGAGGUCGCUCUGGCCCCCUGCCCCCUGUCCCAGGACAGCCAGGGCGUGGCCCGCCCCCCUCCCAGCCCCCUCCUUCACGUGGAGCCUUGCCACCUCCACCCCCGUUAGGCGGCCGAGGUGGACUCCCACCACCUCCACCCUCUGUGUCCCAUAGUUCUCUUCCACCUCCCCCUCCCCCUGGUCACCAUCUCUCCAUGCCUGCACAUCCUCCUCCUGCUCCAUCCACCCCCAGUCGAGGAGGCCCAGCACCUCCUCCUCCCCCGCCUCCCCCAGCCCAGAGCUCUGGAGACUUUCCUCCUCCCGCCUGUAAAGGUCCCCCACCACCUGCUCCUGCAUCUUCAGGUGGAGGUGGAGGUGGAGAUGAAGGUGGAGGUGGAAGAGGAGCUCUGCUGGAUCAGAUCCGCCUGGGAAGGAAGCUCAAAAACGUCACAGACAGUCCUGAGCCACCUCCGCCUGCCCAGGAAGACUCAGAGGGUAUCGUAGGAGCUCUGAUGAUGGUCAUGCAGAAGAGGAGUAAAGUCAUUCACUCCUCUGAUGAAGGUGAUGAAGAAGGAGGGUAUGAUGAUGAAGAUGAUGAUGAAUGGGACGACUGAUAAGUGCAUUCCGUACUGUAUAAUUUUCCACUCUGUAACCAUGGACUUCAAAGUUAGGUUGAUCCAGUUAGAUUUAGGCCUAGAUUAAGUCUGCAGCGCUGAAGAUCCAUGCUCUACCGCAGAUUUUUAUCUUACCGUGAAUGCUGGAACAAUGGAAAAUGUACACCUGAAGAAUGCUACAGAUAAGGAUUGUGUGAAAGGCCCAAAGGUUAAAUAAAUCAACAGAACGUAGGACAGAGAAGGUUAGAUGGGAUAACAUAUCUUUUUAUAUCUGUCGUUUGAACGUUUCCAGUGUAGGACUCAUGCUGAGUAUGUACAUUACAUUACAGUAUGUUGCUCAAUAUCAUUAUAAAAGAUGGUGAGGUCUUCUACACACAGUCUUCUUUCUACCUGUUCCCAUUCAAAUAUCUGAUAUUACUGGAAUGUAGUAUUAAAACUAAUAUUAUGCACACAUAUGAUUUCCCGUCCUAAUCUUCUACAUGUAGAUAUUGUGUGUUUUGUGCAAAUAUAAACAAACAUAGGUCACAAAGGCGUUAGAGAGCGCAAGAGUCACCACAAUUACACCAUCACAAAUGGUUUUAGUAGACAAAUACAUACAUCAUACCAUACAAUUACUAUCUCUCAAUGUUGAACAAUAAGAUGUACACAUUUCCAAACUGAAUAAAGAAUGCAAAGACAAA